UUCCUGUCGCGGGCCGGCGACGUCUUCGUCUGCACCUACCCCAAGUGCGGCACGACGUGGAUGCAGCAGAUCGUGCUCCUGCUGCUCCACGGCGGCGACGCGACCAAGGUGAAGCCGCACCCCGCGCUCCAGUCGCAGGCGCCCUGGCCCGAGGUCUGCUACCUGCGCACGAAGCGCUUCGGCGGGCCCUGCCCCUACCUCGACGCGCGCAGCCUGCGGCCGCCCCACGACGCGGCCUACGCGCACGGGCCGGACGCGCGGCGCGUCUUCAAGACGCACGCGCCGCGGGGCCUCUUCCCCGUCGCCGACGCGAACCUGGACCCCAAGGCCAAGAUCGUCUACAUCGCCCGCAACCCCAAGGACGUCUGCUGCUCGCUCUACGCGCACGCGUCGGCGCUGCCGCCCUUUGAGUACGCGGGCGACUUCGACCACUUCGUGGGCAACUUCGUCGAGGGCAAGGUCGAGCACGGGUCCUGGAAGGACCACCACGUCGACUGGUACGUCCACGCCCAGCGGGACGAGCGCGUCUACUACGUCCACUUCGAGGCCCUC